AUGUCGAGUGCGAUUUACGGUGGAGAUGAGAUUUCGGCUCUGGUGAUUGACACUGGAAGCAGAUGGACGCGAAUUGGAUUUGCCGGCGAAGACACCCCAAGAUGUGUUUUGCCGACAUUUUACGGUGUGAACGCUGAGGGAAAGCGUUAUUUUGGAGAGAAUCAUAUUUUUCGUCCUCAACAACAGUUAGAAAUCAAGAAUCCUAUGAAGAAUGGUUGGAUUGAGGAUUGGGACGCGAUGCUCGAACUCUGGGAAUAUGGACUAGAGCAAGUUUUGCAGGUUGAUGAUCCUUCUGAGCAUCCUAUUCUCGUGACGGAACCAUUCAACAAUCCGCCAGAAAAAAGACAGAAAACGCUAGAACUCAUUUUUGAUGUUCUCGGUGCUCCUGCUGCCUAUUUGGCCAAACAGGAGGUCUGUGCUGCGUUCUCGAACGGAAAAGGUACCGCGUGUGUCAUAGAUGUUGGUGCUGAACGGACUACAGUAGCACCUGUCCUCGAUGGAUUCGUGUUACAGGCAGGCUAUCGGGUUCAGGACCUUGCUGGUGCUAGUUUGAACAUUGCUCUCGAGGAGUAUUUAAACAGUAUUCCAUACACAGUCGUGCCUACAUACCUUGUUAAAAAUAAGCAGGUUGUACCUGUGGGCGAGCCCCCGAAAUUUGAUUUGCAAGAGCGUACGACGACAGACUCUUUUCAUGCUUUGCAAGUUCAACGUGUGUACGAGGCCUGGAAGGAGGAAUGUGCUCAGGUGUGUACCUCUCAGCCAUUCACACGCGACGUUGCUGUCGAGGAGCGUGUGUUUCAGUUCCCUGAUGGCAAGAGUAUCUCAUUUGGUGCUGAACGCUACGAAAUACCUGAACGGUUAUUUACCGUCGAUACCCCAAAUUCGCCAAACGUCGAAGAAGAGAAAACGGACGGAAAGGGAAAAGACUCUAAGGGCGGAACUGAUCAACAAAACAACGCUGCCGACGAGGAUAUUUCUGGCAGGACUGUUGGACUUGGUCUGCUAGUUCGGAACAGUAUUUCGGCCUGCGAUGUGGAUCUUCGGACGACGAUGCUGAGCAACAUUGUCGUAUGCGGAGGAACGAGUCUGAUGCAAGGUUUUACACUACGUCUACAAAACGAACUCACAAAACUUUACCCCGGCAGCCGUUUAAAAAUACAUGCCUCUGGCCACUCGGUGGAGCGCACAUGUGCUUCAUGGUUGGGAGGUUCUAUUCUUGCUAGUCUAGGAACGUUUCACCAGCUCUGGGUUUCCAAGGCAGAAUAUGAAGAAAACAUCAACGACAAGGCGACCUUGAUUGAAAAAAGAUGCAAGUAA